ACGCUUUUAAAGUCCAGCCCAAAUUCGGCACCACUGGGCUCAUUGAGGGGCCAAUGUCGUGCUCUUAACUUUGCAAGCGGCUAGGGCCCUAGACUGGUUCUGCCUUCCCAUUGGAUCUCUAAGAUCUCAACUCGUCCACUUGCAAAAUCACUGUUUCUGUUCAUGAACUCGGAGGACCGUUUUCGAGAAUCUGCAAACGCAGUUUGCCUUUCUAAUCCCCUUCUCUUUCCCGCCAAAACUUUCAAAUCCUCGAAAUCAGUAAAUCAUAGAUCAAAAUAAUCGGUCCCAUUCGUAUACGGGAGAACAGUAUUUUGCGAGAGAGAGAGAGAGAGAGAGAGAGAGAGAGAGAGAUGGAUCUUAAGAAAGCUGGUUCAUCUCUCGAUUCUCUGAUAUCUUCAUUCAACACCCGAAUCGCUGAGCUACAAGAACUCGUCAUUGCACGGAACAUGUACCCGGCAAGUAGUCUGACGGAUUUGUCGGCGAUUGAUGCGGUAUUAAAGGGGAUGGAACUGCAAGUGCAGGCGAUCAAAGACCAAUUGCGUGAGGAAACCGAGGCCAUUCCCAAAGCCAAAAAACUGAUUGCUGCAUCGCUACGGCAGCAGAAGAAAUUACAGAGCAUGUCCGUCUACGCUCCCUCAUAUUUGCCUGAAAGAACAACAACACUGAAUUUGGACGCUGAUAGAGGUUUGGUACCAGAAGCCUCUAAACAUCAGCAACUAGAGCAGCCUAAUCUGGGCUCUUCGAAACUCGAGGAGCCUGCUGCUUUACCAAAGGAGAAGAAGGGCCGUGGCUCCCCACCAUUAUGGUACAUAACUGCUAGUGAACUGGAUUCUUUGUCUUCAUACAUGAGAGGAAGGCUUACUCUUGAGAAGGUCAAUGCAGCUAUUAAUGACAUGGCAACAUAUGCUGAGGCAAAUGCUCAGCUUAUUGCAGCUCCUAAAAAGAAGAUGGCAGAAAAUCUCUGGGAGAAAGCCUUGGAAUUGAGAGAUAUUGCAACAACAGAAGCUAUAAAGGGGAAACACUUUUUCCUUGAAACUGACAUGAAAGGACCAUCAUUGAAGCUUGACAACACUGGAAAAGCCAUUCUGACUGUCCUACGUCACCUUGGUCGCAUCAGUGAGACUCGGGUUGGACAUCAUCGUGUGAUCAUUCUUUCGAAGGCUCAAUGAAUUGCCUCGAUUCAUGAAUGCUGAAUUACUUCUUGUACUACUAAUUUGUCUCGGACUUGCACUGAGGUUGAAAUAUGAAACUUAGUAGGACUGUCUCUAUGAAUGUGGUUCUGAUUUGAUCGUAUAAGGAACUCUGUACAUAGCACUUUAAGAUGUUUUCCCCUGUAUUUUUUAGAAUUUAAUUUUCUGUAUUGGGAGUUGACUUUGUUUUUCUAUAGUGUGAGGAUGUUGCUUCUGUUUAGGCUGCAUUGUCAUCUCAUGUCAAGCCAAAUCUUCUUUCUGUUGGUACAAAUGAGGCCUCAACCUAAGGAGAAGGUA